AUAAUAUCGCGUAAAUAUCUGUGUCUAAAUCUUCAAAAUUAUUUAAAGAUAAAUAAACGCCAUCAUUUUACAAUUAGAGCAUCUAAAGUCUAAGAUUCGAAUUUGUAAAUGAAUUUUUUGCCUUUAUAUCUAACUGACGUAAUUCCAUAUAAAUUUGAUUUGUUUGAACAGAGCAGAUAAACUAUGAAAUUUUUAACACAAUUAGGAUAGUAUUAAUCACUUGGCAACCUUAGCUAAGUCAGUGGUUACGUCGAUUUUAAAAACUCUCCGAUUCGUAUCUAUGAUUCAUAGAUUACAGUGGGUAUCUAUGAAAAAUGAGGAAUUUUGACGAGUAUGGAGUUUGCUUUAUUAUAACUGUAUUGUAUAGUAGUAACACAUUAGUGAAAUGUAUUUUAAUAAUAUAAUAAUGUUGUUUAUUAUAGUUAAAUUCUAAUCUACGCGUUCAAGAAUAUAAUAAGUAUCUUUAGUGGACAUAUAUAUGUCCAAUAUCGUAUAAAAAUUAAAACGGAUUAUCAUAUAAAGCAGUGAAAUAAUGUUUGUGCAAUAUCGGCAUCAUAUCCCAUUAAAUAACAAAAAUGAUGACCACAGCUAAACUUAAGAAUAGUAAGGAAUCAAAGUACAAAUUGUGAUAUUACAAUGUUUAGAAGUAGAAGCUGGUUUGGGGGUGGUUGGGGUCGCCCAAAAAAUCCACAUUCCAUUGAACACUUGAAAUAUCUUUAUAAUGUGUUGUCUAGAAAUCAUACAGUUUCUGAACACAAUAGAGGCUUAUUAGUUGAAACUUUAAGGUCAAUAGCAGAAAUAUUAAUUUGGGGUGAUCAAAAUGAUUCUUCAGUUUUUGAUUUCUUUUUGGAAAAAAAUAUGUUAUCAUUUUUUCUGCGUAUCAUGAGACAAAGAAGUGGUGGUUCUAACUUUGUUUGUGUACAGCUUUUACAAACCUUAAACAUUCUGUUUGAAAAUAUACGAAAUGAAACUUCAUUAUAUUAUUUGUUAUCCAAUAAUCAUGUAAACUCGAUAAUUGUGCAUAAGUUUGAUUUUUCUGAUGAAGAAGUAAUGGCAUACUACAUUUCUUUCUUGAAAACGUUAAGUCUAAAACUGAAUGCUCACACUAUACACUUUUUCUAUAAUGAGCACACCAAUGACUUUCCAUUGUAUACUGAAGCAAUUAAGUUUUUUAAUCAUCCAGAAUCGAUGGUGAGAAUAGCUGUUCGAACUUUAACUUUGAAUGUGUAUAAGGUGGAAGACUCUAGCAUGCUAACCUUUAUCCGAGACCGUACAGCAGCUCCUUACUUCUCAAAUAUUGUAUGGUUUAUUGGAAAGCAUGUCCAGGAACUAGACAACUGUGUUAGAAAUGAUGCAGACCAUCAGUCACAAAACAGACUUGCUGAUCUUGUGGCCGAACACUUGGACCACCUUCAUUAUUUGAAUGAUAUACUGUUACUAAACAUAACGGAUCUGAACCAAGUGCUCGCCGAUCAUCUGCUCAACAAGCUUUUGAUACCUCUUUAUAUUUAUUCGUUAACCUCUCUCCGACACCAUGGAACCCCUGAAAAUCUGGCAAAAGUUCUCAAUCACAAUCUAGGUUUAGGCGAAACUCCGCCCUCCACUUUUGCGGGUACUACCACUCUACUCGAAACAAAUAGUGGAAAAGUAUCUUGCAUAGUCGCGUUCUUUUUGCUCUCGCAAGUGUUUCUAAUUAUCUCAUAUCAACCCGUUGUCCGUACUCUGGCAUGGAUAAUUUUGAAAACGGACAAACGUACGUAUCAAGAAGGGAUUGAUAAGUUACUGGAAAACUACGAGAAUUAUAAAAAGGCAAUUGACGAGGGAAAUACAAAUAGUCAAAUAGAAAUAGCAUCGAACGCUAGCAGUGCGGGAUCUAAAGAAAAUUUAGUAGAAGAGGAGCAAAAGAAUAUAACGGACGAAGAAAAGGAAAAGUUAGCUACAACUCCAAUAGAAACCAACGUUACCGAUAAACCGUUUUUGGAAAUUGUGUAUAAUGCUUUGGACUGCACUGAUAACGACUAUGCUGUUCUGUUUGCUUUGUGUCUACUGUAUGCAAUUGCAAACAACAAAGGAGUAACCUCUGAUCUUCUGGAACUAGUCCUACGUCCAAAAAAGGUUCUCAUUUCGAAACGUUGUACUUCUUCUCCAUCACAAACAGCUAAAGAUAUAAAAUAUUCGUAUAACACAUAUUUAGUGGAAAAACUCCUCCAUAUAGUAGUUUUAGCAUGUCAACCGUCCUGCAGAAUAAGGCUAGUCACUCUGGAAUUAGCUUUAAAGUUGAUAAUUCAAUUAGUAAUGUGCGACGGUAAAAAUGUGAUGAACGAGGCGCAUAAGGUUUCAUUGGAAGCUGCACGGUCCCAAAGCACCGCCCUACUCCGUAAUUUUUAUAAAAGCGAGGAAAUUUUCCUAGACAUGUUUGAACACGAGUAUUGCGACAUGUCUAAAGGCCCUCUGAAUGUGGAGUGGUUGUGUAUGGAUAGUGCGAUUUUGUUACCCCCAACGGGGACACCGAUGACUGGGAUCGAUUUUAUUAAACGUCUUCCAUGUGGUGAGGUUGAAAGAGCGAGGCGAGCUAUACGGGUGUUUUUCCUUGUUCGCGAUACUGUCCUUACUCUGAAUGGAGAAAUGGAAACGGACCUGCCCCUUACUAAUCCUCAGAGCUGCGUUCAGAUCGACACCGCACUGGACCUGAGUAUAGCUCGUUAUAACUCGGACCUUAUAGCAUGUACCGUAGUAGGAAAGGAUGGUCAGAAGAUUAGAAGAUUCCUUGUUAUUGAUAUUAUGCAACUAAUCCUCGUGGAACCAGAUCCGAAGAAGUUAGGAUGGGGUGUAGCUAAAUUGGUGGGUUUCCUACAAGACAUUGAAGUUACAGGAGACAAAGAUGAUUCUAGAUGUUUGCAUAUCACUAUAUACCGGCCGCUAUCGAAUUCAUCUGCCAACAGGGUGCCCCUUUUAUCUGCUAAGUUUGUCUUUGAUGAUAAUAUAAGAUGCAUGGCAGCGAAACAACGUUUAACAAAAGGGAGGAUUAAAGCCCGUCAAAAGAAAAUGCAACACAUAGCUCGACUUCUGGAUAUUCCUGGACAAACAGGCCCUCCAAGUCCUGCAUAUGUCGGCGCAGGACAUCAUCAGUGUCGAGGAAGUGGCUCCCGCCUACUUUUUCAUGCUGGCCGGUUGCCAGGAUUCGUUACUAGACGUGACAAUGGUCCUGGCAUUGCACAUAGAGCUGAUGACACUAUCAGGCCCAGAAGUCCCAGUCGUCACACUGGAGCAAUAAAGAAAGAUGAAAAAACAAAAAAAGAAGCGCAGAGUCGUUCGAGAGAACCUUCUGCAAAUAGAAAUCGGUCCAGAGAAGGUAGUCCACGAAUGCCACGACCUCGUUCAGAAGAAAUUCCUCUCGAGUUGAUCAAAAAAAGCAGAAAUGCCGAGGUAGAGGUCGCGUCAAAAAUUACUAUUGUUUCUAGGCCACAAACUCCAAAGACUGAAGGAGGAGACGUUGCUUCUUCGACAUUAUCUUCAUUACAAACUCAUUCGUCUGAGGAAACGUCAUUUAUUGCUCAGAAUGAUGCUGCUAGGACUUCUACAAGUAGUAGUAGCAAAAAUAAAGGAUUUAUCGAAACGAUAUAAUCUUUAGUGAGUGAAGUGCAUAGUCUGACGACCAACAAAUCUAAUAACGUAAGUAAUUUUAACACGGGAUUGUUGUACAUUAUUUAGCUACAGAAACGACAGUUUUUUUUUAAUAAACAUGUAAUUUAAGAAAGUGCUACGUAA